CAAUAAGACAUCAGAAGCACUGAAAGCAUACAAAUUGAAGCUUUAUCACUGGGGAAAGAUGCAAGACGACACCUCUUCUGAACAGAAUCCAACCCACUGCUCAGCCAUCAACAGCAGUGUCCCACUGGUGCAGGGGGCCCUUCCCACCUUGACCUUAUCUGGAAAGAUUCGAGUGACAGUGACUUUCUUCCUUUUCCUAGUCUCCACCACCCUUAAUGCUUCUUUUUUGCUGAAACUUCAGAAAUGGACUCAGAAGAAGGAGAAAGGAAAAAAGCUCUCAAGAAUGAAGGUGCUUUUGAAACAUCUGACCUUAGCCAACCUGUUGGAGACUCUGAUAGUCAUGCCACUGGAUGGGAUGUGGAACAUUACAGUCCAGUGGUAUGCAGGAGAGUUACUCUGCAAGAUCCUCAGCUAUCUGAAGCUUUUCUCCAUGUAUGCACCAGCCUUCAUGAUGGUGGUCAUCAGUCUGGAUCGCUCCAUGGCCAUCACCAGGCCCUUACCUGUGCAGAGCAACCGUAAGCUUGAACAGUCCAUGACUGGCCUGGCCUGGGGCCUCAGCAGUGUCCUUGCCGGGCCGCAGCUGCCUCUUCAUUAUCCCUCUUCUCAUCAUGCUGAUCUGCAAUGCCAAAAUCAUCUUUACCCUGACACAGGUCCUCCAGCAGGAUUCCAACAAACUACAACUGAACCAGUCCAAGAACAACAUACCAAGAGCGCGGCUGAGGACACUGAAGAUGACAGUGGCGUUUGCCGCCUCCUUUAUCGUCUGCUGGACGCCCUACUACGUCCUAGGACUGUGGUAUUGGUUCGACCCUGGAAUGUUACACAGGAUGUCAGAACCAGUAAAUCAUUUCUUCUUCCUCUUUGCUUUUUUAAAUCCAUGCUUUGAUCCACUUAUAUAUGGGUAUUUUUCUCUGUGAUCCACAGAUCAUUCAGAAAGUAAUACAAAGAAAAGUUAAUAAUUUUCUUCACUUGGAAAUGGAAAAUACAAAGCAUGCCACAUAUUUACCCACAAACAAGGCAGGAUUUGAGAAUAAGCUGUCAUCCUUCUUCUUUCAAAACAUCAUAUUGGCAAAGUUUUAAUUACAAAGAAAAGAAUUAUCCAGAAAAAAUACUAAUAAUUUUUUCUGAGUCAUAAAUUUCUAAUCUCUUCUUUUCUGACUUUCUUUUACAUAUUAUUUGAGUUUCUUCUUGCUUUCUCCUAGUAUAACAGUGCAUAAACAUUUAAAAUAGAUACAGUCUAAGGAAAAAGAUGCAAUAAUAAUACUAAUAAUGGUAAGAAACUACAGCACAAUUCAAAGCUUACCAUAUUGUGUUUUUUUUUUCUGCAAAAAAGGGCUUAGCAGUGAUUCUAAUCUUAUGCUAUAACACAUACCUAGAGCACAGAGACAGCAGGGCAUCUGCCCAUAAAAUCAGUUUGCCUUCCUCUGAUUAACAGAAAACAGAACAGCAGAUCCUUCUCUUCAGCUUUAAAAACACUCUAAUUGUUAGAGUACCUGGCAUCCAAGGCUGCCACCUCCCUACCUAGCUGAAAGGUUAUCGCAUAGCACAGGUCACUGCCCCCCAUUCAGGGGUAGUGUGGGGAGAGUCUCUGUGUAAGGAAGGGCAGGUGGUUAAGAUUUUGACCAGGUUAGUAAUAUUCCUCUAGGUUGUAUAGUCCACAAGAUUUGUAGUGCUGCCGUAAAAAUAACAGUGAUUUUAAAUACAAUUAAGAAAAGACACACUGUAAUAAUAUUCUCCAGGUUAGAUAUACAAAGGACUUGUUUGUCUGUUUCCUGAUCUUACUGUGUACAUAAUCUAUAAGUAACUGAGAAAAGUCAAUACAAAAAUCAAGCAUAUGCCCAAGCAAAAAAAAAACAUUACAUACAUAAAGGAACUCUGGAGAAAAAAAUGCACAAUUUCAGUCUGCAUUGAUCAAAAAGAUAGCAGAGUUUUGCAAGAAGAAAGGAAACAAAAAACUAAACAUGAAACUAACAUCUAUUGAUAUCACAUUUAAAAGUAUGUAUGUUUUCCAAAAUAUGAUUGCAUAGCACCAAUUGUUUUGUUUAAUUCAAGCCUAGGUUUACUGCUUCCCUGAAAAAUAGGGUGAAGUAAAAAAAGGGGGGGGGGGAGGAGUAAUUCCUAUGCAGUUAGAAAAUAUGAUAAAGAGCUUUAAAAAAUCAGUCAUUAUUUAACAACAUUUUUUUUUUUUGUCUUUUUCCUUUUUAUCAGUAUGGUGGAUGAAACUCACAACUGCCUGCUUGCAAGGCAGGCGCUUAUGCCGCUGACCUAAAACCCCAGCCUCUUAAUCAAUAUUUUUAAACUGAUAAGAUAUCAUUGUAUUCACAUGAACAACAUCAUGACACAUAAAAUAUAAAAAUACUUUCCAAAUAUUCCAGGGCAUGUAAAAUUGUGGAAAGCAAAUUGCUGAUUAAGUUUCCUUUCGUAUUUUUCUUCUAACUUGCAGCAAUCCCCCUGUCUCAGGGUCCCUAAUGUUGGAAUUACAGGCAGGCACCAUUGUGCCUGGUUUCUACUUGAAUGCCUUUCUACUCUUUUUUUUCAUAUCUUCUUUGUUAUUCAACUCAUACUUUAAGGUAACUAAUCUAUGGCCCAAAUCUACAACUGAAUUGACUAAGAUUCAAAAUAUGUAAUAUUUUGAAAGGCUCAAAGUUUGCACUAUGUGCAAAUCAAGACUUUACCACUCUGCUAGAAACACAAAACCAAUUCUUCUCUAAGUCUCUUUAUCAUAUAUUAAUUCUUAAAUUGAUAAUAAAUCUUUCUUCCAGUUUAAUGACAAAAAUAACAAACAUGUGCAAGGCACAGUCUAAGGGCUUAACUGCAUAGGUGGUCAGACCAUCUCUCAAGGUUGGUUCUUAAGUAUUCAAGAAAAUAUCCUAUUGAGGUAUUUCUUCAAGCAUUUUCUAAGUACAUUUGCUAAAGGGCUACUCAAAAUCUAAAUGUAUGGGUCUUUAAUUUAUGUUCAAUGACAGAGUAUAUUUUAAUAAAAUUAUUUUUGUCUAGUUCUAUUUGAAUUAUUUUGUGCAUUUAAAAAUAUUGAGAGGAUUUAUAGACUAUAACAGGUUGUCAAAACAAAGGUUAAGAAUAUGAUUUUGCAUAUUGAUAAGAAAGUUUAUUACAAAAAUGUAUCCCAAUGUAUUUGUUUAUACACAUGCAUAAAUAAUGUUCACAUUGAAACUGCAUUGUUUCAAUAUGCUUAGUCAUUCUUUUUAAACCAAGAAAUUUUUGUAAAGUUCAACAUGCUCUGAAAAACUGCAUCGAACUAAGUAGUAUUUAUCAAUAUUCUGGCUUAUAAAUUAUAAUAUGAACACAUAUUUAAACAAAAAAAUUAUAACCCGAAUGUUAACUGUAGCUUUUAAAUGAAAGAUUCAUGACUUAACCAAUAGUAUUGCAUAUCUGAUAUGAAUAAAUCUACAUAUUCUGUUUCUAAUUAUAAUAAAACUUGAUUCUUUGGGGAAAAAACAGCCAUAUUCUGAAAGUGAAUCCAACAUAUCAGAUAACUAAAAUUCAGAUUAGUAAGAAGUGACUAGCCAAGUGUGGUGGUACACGCCUGUAAUCCCAGCACUUGGGAAGCUGAGGCAGGAGGACAGUUGCAAAUUUGAGACUAGCCUGGGCUACAAAGUGAGCCUAAUGCCAGCCCAAAAUGCAUAGCAAAACCUUAUCUGAAAAAAAGUGACAAACUAAUGACAAUCAAUUGAAUGAAGAUUACAUUAAUUCAGUUUCAGCCUGUAAUAACUAAAAACACACUCUGGGCCUGGUGGAUACAUAUCACAAAUAUUAUCUUUUUGUCUUCUUCUGGGAAGUUUAAAUCAACAUUUAACUGGUUAAGAGUUUUUAAAGCAGCCUCACUCAGGUGGUAGUUAUAAAGAAUUAGAAUUUCAUAUAUCUUACUUGUGUCCUAGUUUCAAAUAUUUAACCAAUGCCUGAGGCUUUGCUAAUUACUAUACAGUGUUUCUAUGUGAAUAAAGAAAAUAAAUAAUGCAGGUCAACUUAAUCGUAUCACUUUAUGAUUAACAAAAUCAAUUUUAAGACAAGCCUAAUUUUUGAAGUUACAUAUCAUAAAAUGUGAGUGUAAAGACAAUAAACAUACAAAGCAUGUUAAUAGA